AUGGCACCUCAACUACCUCCAAUUUCAACUGGCCGGGCCUCGUCUCUUUACUCACCGUACUCUCCCUACUCGAACUUUCAUCUACCCUCUUCGUCUGAUAGCAGCGAUAAUGGCGAUGACGGUACACUCCCGUUUCCGGCUGCACUCCUACGAAACGACUUCCUUACUCCGGACUUUGAGCCUACUGCAUAUCUCUCUUCCCUAUUUCCAUCUGAAGAGGGCACUACUUCCGAACAGCGCCACCAAACUUUAGAAGAUUUGCGAACCGAACUUCGGGAGCGCAGCAGUGCUAUCAGUGCUGAGCUCCUUGAGCUCGUAAACGCAAACUACACAAGUUUUCUGAGUCUGGGAGAUGAGCUUCGCGGUGGUGAUGAACGAGUAGAAGACGUGCGUGUUGCACUCUUCGGCUUUCGUCGAUCUAUGGAGGACGUUCAAGGUCGUGUUAAAGAACGCAGGAGAGCCGUCAGUGACGCCUCCCGUGAUUUGGGCGAGAUUCAGGCAACAAUCAGUGCCGGCCGGAAGCUUCUGGAGAUUGACGACCGCAUCACUCUUCUUGAGGAACGCCUCGCUAUAGCUGCCGAUACGGGUACGACCACUGAUGAGAAGCUGGCCGGUAUGGACGUCGGCAUCUGGGACACAGACGAAACGGAUGACGAACAUAUCGACGAAGACGCCCUAAGCGGACGCGCCAAAUUCUAUGUGGGAAAUAGUCCGUCGAAGUUAGCAAUGCUCGCAAACAAUCUGAUUUUGUCAUGUCGUGCUUUGAAGUAUUUAGGGCCAAACCUGGUAUUUGCAAAGUUGGCAGACGAGAGAUUAGCAAAGUGUCGGGAGACAUUAUUGCUUGACCUCAACGCUGCUCUUAAAGAGGCCCGAAAGUCCAGCAGCGGCGGCACUGGACAGGCAAGGCUUCUGAAGAUUCUUGCGGUAUAUCGCAAGAUUGAUGGCGAAGACGAGGCUGUUCGAGUACUAAAAGAAAGAUAA